AACGAACAGCAAAUCAAAUCUACUUUGAACAACUUGCCCUCAGCUGUUUGCCAUGUCUGGCAAGGACUCUUCUGACCCAGUUCUCCUCUCGACCCCCGAUAGAGAGAGCCAACCGAGCUCAUCAGAUCUAGAAACCGCUCAUUCCAAACCCGUUCCUGGUCAAUCGCGUAAAUUCGUCAUUCUCCCUCCGAUACUCCCCUCAGAAGAAAGAAGAAGGUACAAGGACAUGCCAGAGAAGGGCAAGAUACUUGAUAUCGAGCCUCCCGUCGAUGAAGUAAUGGGCGAAUACAGAGACGACCAGGGUCGGGACUGGUAUUAUGCACGCUAUCAACAGGGAAUUACUCAUAGAUUUCGUAAAAGGACAUUCGAAAUGAAUCACGAAGAUCUGGUCCAGACAUAUAAGAUGCGCAAAGCCAAUGGAUUACUGCCACAUUUCGAUCCGACUGGUCACGAUGUCCAUCCUAAAGCUCGUCCUAUUGUCGUGUUAAAGAUUGAUAAACGUCGGACUGGACCUGCUUUCGCAGACGUUGUCCCAGACUCUGAGGAAGAUGGGGAAGAUGAGGACGAAGAGGAGAACUCGUCAGAGGAUGAAGAUGAAUAUGGAGCACCAUCGCGUCGACUUAGACGGAUAUCCCACACAAAACGCUCGACCCUCCCUUUCAGUCCGACCAAGACACGCUCUCAGAGAGUCUAUGUUGUCCAAGAGUCCGAGGAUGAAGAUGACGCCGGAAGCGCUGCCCCCCGACGACGAUCGACGCGUAAUAGAAAGCCUAUGAAGAUUGACAUCGACGAGUACUCGGGGGCAUCAUCAGACGGUGGAGACAGCGAUGACUACGCUACUUCACGCAAGGCCAAAGCGAAGAAUUCCACGAAAAAGAAGAAAAGUAGGCAUGGAUCUGCUUCGCGACCCACGUAUGGCUUUUUUCGCCCCGUUGCUGACAUUAACUAUGACCCUUUCUCCGAUGACGAAUCUUCCGCAUUAAGGGCGCAUCGUUCUGUUUGUGAGAAAUGUCAUCGAGGUCCUACUCAUGUCCUACAAGCAGCCGCGCAAAAGAAGAAAAAGGGCAAGGGCCGAAGAAAGAAGACAUCAGAUGAUGAGCUUGAGCCUGAUUCUACGGAUGAAGUGGAGCGACUUGGUGAACUCGGGGGCUGGGUUCGAUGUUUGAAGUGUCCUGUUACUGCUCAUUGGCAUUGCCUUGCUAACACUCAAAGAGACGAAAUCUUGAAGGCUACCCGAGAACGGGACAGAAAAUUGUGGAUCGAUGCUAAUCCUGACGAUGCGGUCAACGUGGAGAAGCAUGGUCCGACUAAACGUCCUGGAUUGGACAUUUCUGAAACAACCGAGUUUAUCUGCGGUUCCUGCAUGAAAGGCGGCAUCUGUAUGACGUGCAUGGAGGCUGCUGUCGAGCCGGAUCCAUCACGGGUGCAAAAGCCUCAGGAUGCCAGCAUAACAAACCCGGUACCAACGGAUCCUGAUAACACGAAUACUAAGGAGAACGAUGUCGCGCGUGAACUUCGAUUCCGUUGCUUCACCUGCAAACGACUGUCCCAUUACGACCAUCUUCCCAAGCCGCCUAAUCACGUAGCUGAUACAGUAGCAGAGAUUGCUGAGCAUUAUCAGAGGAAUUGGCUUUGUCACGACUGUGCAUCUUUCACCUAUCCCCUAGACAAGAUCCUAGCCUGGCGCCCUUAUCCUGUUAAUGCCGUUGAACCUCCUCGAUCCCUGGAUGAGACACCGAAUUACAAGAGUCCUUUACCUCGAGAAUACCUGGUCAAAUGGGAGGAACGAAGUUAUCGUCGGCUCAAUUGGGUUCCUCAUAUGUGGUUACUCUCCACUCAUCCCUCCAAAUUGAGGAAUUUCUUGACAGGCGGUUCAAAAGUCGAACUUUUAGCUACGUCGAGGAAGCAGAUCGAACUUGAAGAACCAGCUUCCAUCUUUGACGAAGUGGAUCAGUCUCGGGCAUCUUCAGUAAAGCCUGGAACAAGCACUCCACAGCUUCUCCAAGAUGCUAUCCCUGAUGCUGAAUCUCGGAUUCCUCCUGAAUGGAAGACUGUGGACCGUAUAUUGGACAUUCGUCUCUGGUGCUCCAAGCCGAAGAAGAAAGCGGUCAACAAAGACAAGGGAACAUUACGAAGAACGUCUAGUGAUGAGGAGAUGGAAGACGACACCGACAACAGCUUUGGGUCGGACUAUAAUGCCGCAUUCAGUAGUGGAGAGCAACCCCAUAACAGCUUGCUUGAAACUGUCGAUGACUGGGAGGAGCGCACUGGUGACGAUUUCACGACUGAGAACAUUGAGCUCGUUGUAUGGGCUUUCAUCAAAUGGGAUGAUCUUGGUUACGAUGAAGCAUCAUGGGAUUCUCCACCCCAAAAGACCGACAUUACUUACCAAGCAUUUGAAAGCGCACUAUCACGUUACAUAAAUUCUCGGACGGUUCAGGUUCCAAAACUAAAGGCUCAUGAGAUAUCUGCGUACGAAAAUCGGCCUAAAGAUGAAUACAAGCGUAAAUAUGCACUUCUGGAUGCCGCUGAUCUGAACCUGGGUCAGCAACCUGAGUUGAAGUUAAUGCCUUUCCAGGUUGACGGUUUCAAUUGGCUAGUUGACAAUUGGUGGAACAAACAACCAUGUAUUCUAGCUGAUGAGAUGGGUCUGGGUAAAACAGUUCAAAUUGCAACUUUCAUUGGGAAAAUCGCAUUCGAAUGGAAGGCUUUUCCGGCUCUUGUAGUUGUCCCCAAUUCUACCAUCACCAACUGGGUCAGAGAAUUUGAGCGCUGGGCACCAAACCUUCGGGUGGUACCGUUUUACGGAGAAAGCAAAGCCCGUGAAGUGAUCAAAAACUUCGAGCUCAGACACAAGACGAAAGAGGCUGGUACAACCGGUGCCAAAUUCCAUGUGCUCGUCACGACGUACGAGGCACUCUUAGGCCAAAAAGACUUCACGCCCGUCUUCAGAAAUCAACCACGUUGGGAGAUCUUGGUCAUCGAUGAAGGUCAAAGAUUGAAGAGCGACAAGAGUCUGCUUUUUAGGAAGCUGAAUGAGCUGAAUAGUAUUCAUCGGAUAAUUAUGACAGGGACGCCCCUGAAUAACAACAUACGAGAGCUAUUCAAUCUCAUGAACUUCCUUGAUCCCGAGCAGUGGAACGAUUUGGAGGCUAUGGAAAAGGAACAUGAAGAACUGACUGAGGACCUCAUAAAGCAACUCCAUUCUAGGUUGAGGCCUUACUUCCUUCGUCGUAUCAAAAGUGAAGUGCUUCAACUACCUCCGAAGAACGAAGUCAUUGUCCCGGUCUCAAUGACGCCUUUGCAAAAAGAAAUCUAUCGUCGUAUCCUGAGCCACAACCUGGAGCUUCUCGCUGCUCUAACUAAGCCCGACGCGAAAACCGGCGUGCAGUCAAAGGGUCGCAUCAACAAUGUUCUCAUGCAAUUACGAAAGUGUCUUCAACAUCCUUACCUGUGCUUCGAAGACAUCGAACCCGCCGGGCUUCCGCCACAAGAGACUCACGAGAAACUGAUAGAUGCUAGCGCAAAGCUGCGUUUGCUGAAAUCCUUGCUGCCCAAGUUGAAAGCUCGAGGUCAUAGAGUACUACUUUUCAGUCAGUUCGUGAUUGGAUUGAACAUCAUUGAGGAUUUCUUGAUUGGAGAAGGCAUGAAAUACCUGCGCCUGGACGGAAACACGAAGGGUACUGAGCGUCAGAAAGGAAUGGACGAAUUCAAUCGUCCAGGGUCUGAUGUUUUCAUAUAUCUUUUGACGACACGCGCAGGGGGCGUCGGCAUCAAUUUGUUUAGUGCCGACACUGUCAUCAUAUAUGAUCCUGAUUUUAAUCCACAUCAGGAUCUUCAAGCUAUCGCUAGAGCAUAUAGAUUCGGACAGCAGAAAACUUGCCUAGUCUUCAAAUUAAUGGUCAGGGCAUCUGCAGAAGAACGCAUCGUACAGGUUGGCAAGAAAAAGAUGGUGUUAGACCAUCUCAUUGUGCAGAAGAUGGAUGACGAUGACUCGGCAGGAGAAAAUGUGCAAUCGAUUCUUGGCUAUGGCGCUCAAGCUCUCUUUGAAUCCGGAAAUGAAUCGACAAAUGAUAUAGCCUACACCGAUCAUGACGUCGAUAAUCUCAUAGAAAAAACCGAGAAAGAAGGUGACCAGGACGAGUCAGCAAAGGAUGGCGCUGCUGCGUUCUCGUUUGCCAAGAUCUGGACAGCUGAUCGUGAAACUCUGGAAGAGGUGAGAGACGAAGAUCAGGGCGAUUCCUGGACGACGACGUUACAGUUGAUCACCGCGGAGCACGAGAAGAUGCAACAGCAAGAAGUGGUUGCGACAGGCCGGGGAGUGCGUCGGAAAGCCGCAGUCCAGCCACAGGCCGGUGUUUAUGUCGAGGAUACGCCUAAGGCUCCCCCAACCAAGAACAAAUCCAAAAGUACAGCAUCCAGUAUAUCGGACGGGUCUGCCUAUGGAGUUUCGGAAAUAUCCGACGACGAUGCUAGCACUCGCACAGACGCUAGCGUCGGUAUGCAGGACAUUGAAAUGAUUGUGCCUCCUCCACCCAUGCCAAAGAAAAUUAAGAAAUCAAAGGAACUUGGAUCAUUCACAGCCAUCCAGAACACUGUCAAUACUUGUGGACUGUGCGGAAAGAGACACGGAGAUCGACUGGGCGAAUGCGCGAUGACGGACAAGUCAGAGAAUCUGGCUGAAUUCAGGGAGAUGCUAAUUCUCCAUGCGGACGAUGAACCAUUUGAAGAGCGGGAAGCUGCAGUUGAGGCCAUUGAUCGAGUCCUACAUCACCGGGGACAUCUCAGUCUAAUUACAGGCCAGCCUCUGUACCCAGUGGUAAAGCAGUCGAUGCAGAACUUUGUGGUCAAGAAGUCCAAGCCACAGCUGGCGAAUGGAUCAUGGCCCUCUGCGGCUGCCUCAGCCUCAGCACCUGUAGCUGGUCCGUCACAGUCUUCCAAGAUACAAGCCGCUGCAUCUACAUCUGUAGGCGGAGCGCCAUCCUGCACGGCCGGAUCAUCUAAGCGUGCUCCAUCACCAACUCGGCUGAUUUCUGAGUCAGCCAAAGCUAAGAAAGCAAAGCUGACUGAGGAACCUUGUUGUGUUGUAUGCGAGCAGACCUACCAUAUACUCGUUGAUUGUCCCCUGGUCAAGGCAGGUCCGAGAAGUGUUGUUAAGGAGAUAAAGCGUCUAGAAGAUUCACCCGAAACCGGCGAUACCGUCAAGGACCUCAAGCUCAUACUGAAGAAGCAGAAGCAGAGAGAGCUUGCUUUGGCCGCCGAUAAUAACGAUGCCUCGCGGAAUCUGUAGUAGACUAUGUCCUUAUUUUGACCUAUAUUUUAUGUUGUAGAAUACUUACUUACACAUAGC